GCGGCGCAUGUUUUGUAUCGCCUCUCCCACAGCUGCAGUGAAAACACCGGUGUCUCGCUCAAAUGCGACCGCAGCGGCGCUAGUUUUCAGCCUUCUUUCUGCCACGUUUUGAUUGCUUGACCAAAGGAUGUCUCGUCCUUCUCCAUCCCCCAUUUACACCCUGAGGGGGGCGGGCGGACCCCUUAACACACUUCACUUUAGCUGCCAAGGAGAGGGCACUCCCCUCCUGUUUUCUGGGUCAGGAAAGGGUGCCAUACAUAUCUGGAACCUGAACAGCAGGAGGGCAGAGAAGAUCAUAGAAGCUCACUCUGGUAAUUCUGUCAUCUGGGUCAGCACACUGCAGUCAGCAGGUGCACUCAUCAGUCAGGGCCGGGACAUGCAGGUCUGCCGGUGGGACGUGAGUGAAGGUCGCAGUGAGCUGGUGGAAUCUGUGUGGACUGGCAGUGUUGGAUUCUGUCAGUGCUCCCUUCUAGAGAUGAGCCCUGCAAAUUACCUUCUGGCCUACGCUGGGGAGCAGACGGAGGAGAUCAAGAUUAUCGAGCUGCCCAGUAAGACUGCAGUCUGCACCCUUGUGCCAGAAGAAAAGCUGGGGAUGGUCAUGUGUCUAAAACUGUGGCAGCCAGACUCGGGCUCCGGGCCUCUCCUGUUAGCUGGAUACGAGAAUGGCUCUCUGUUGCUGUGGGACGUAACCCAGAGGUCCAAGUUGAGCCAAGUCAAAGCCCACCCUGAGCCUGUCAUGUGCCUGACCUUUGACACCACAAGUCUGAGGGGCGUAUCGGGCUCCUCUGAGAAGACGCUCUCCUCCUGGAGGCUGGAUGGACAGAGCAACCUGCAGCUGCAGGACUGCGUGACGCUGGUCAACCCCGGGGUUUCCCAGCUGUGUAUCCGCAUGGAUCGUAAACUUCUGGCUUCAGCAGGUUGGGACCACCGGAUAAGAGUAUUUGGCUGGAAGAAGCUCCGGCCGCUGGCGGUACUACAGUACCACACAGACAUGGUGCUCAGUGUAGCUUUCUCUGACCACCGGGACCCCAGACAAAGAGUCCUGGCUGCCGGAUCAAAGGACCAGCGAAUCAGCCUCUGGUCAGUUUACAACGAGGGAACGGACACAGGCUGAGUCACCGAGCUCUGAGAAGAUUUACAGAUUUAUGAUCAAUACAUACAUUACAAUCAUGUGUGCUGAUACAAUAUGGAAAUAGAUUGUGCUUCUCAUGUACUGAGAUUACAGUUGAGCUAUGAACAUUAUAACAUGGAGGGUUUAUCACUAACAACAACAUGAUCCCAAAGGGCUGUAUUUUUAAAAGUAAUGGACAUAGAAGCUUGUGGUAAAUUUAAAAAUACAUGGAUAAAUAUAAAGUUUUACAUGCAAAACUUACAUUGUUCACAAAUACCCCCUCCAGAUGCAUGGCAUAUGUUUGUGUGAUAGUCAAACUCAUCCCGUACUUUUGCGAGCAUGUUUGGAGUCACUGCAGCUACCUACCGACAACCACGUGAAACUCAGGAGUCCGCUCUUUCUAACAGUACGUGUUUCACUCCUUAGCGCUGUACAGCUGCAGAAUUAAAGCACUUCAAUUCUUUUUGAUACAGAUUAAAUAAAGGAUCCUCUUCAUGGUCGGAAGAUGCCGGUGAAUACAUGAUCACAACUGAUUUCCAUGUUCAGUCUUUACAAGUUAGACCAACUGAAGCAUCUUAUCAAAGUUGUGUUGGUAUGUUCUGAUGUAUAUAUACUGAUUAUGUUUUAUUUAAAUCUGAGAAUAGCGAGG